UGAUCCAAAUAUACCAAAACCAUAGGCUAUAUAUCCGCAAUCAACGAAUUACUAAAAAUGUAAUAGAGAAACUGAUCAAGCUCGUUUACAAAAACCAUCAGCAUCCUAAAGAAAACACUUUCUAUUGUAAUAAACUAAAUAAAAGUAAUAUGUACAGAUCCGCGAGCUGGAACCGUGGGACAGAAGACUACUCAUCCGCACCACCUAAAGGAUUGUGGAUGGGCUCCAUGAUCGGUUCCCUCGACGAUGACGAACUACCUUCACACAAUAAUCCACCAGAGGAGAUGAUCAAGAAGGAGAAGUCACGUACCAAGUUCGCAGAAAACGCUAUUCACAUCAUUCCUUUUGUUCUUCUUGCAUGCGCUCUCGUCCUUUGGCUCUUCUCAAAUCCAGAUGUAGAUGUUGGGAUGAGAGAGGAAUCUAUUGCGGCUAGGAUUGAAGGAUUGACAAUCGAAGGAGACAUCGACAACGACAGUGAUGGAACUCAGACUGGUUUCUUGGGAGCCACCUUAGAACUCGGUGGUGAUUUAGACAAACCACACCAUGUUGAACGGAACAGACGAGCUUCAAGGAAACUGAUCAAAGGUUUCUACUAG